AUGCCUUCAGACCCAAUUCCAGGGACAGUUCUGAAAGGGCCCACGAAAGUGCAUCUGGGGGGCCCCCUGGGGGCCCCCCUGGGGGGCCCCCAGGGGGGCCCCCAGGGGGGCCCCCUGGGGGGGCCCCCAAGGAAGCGGCUGAGAGUGUUCACUGGAGAGCAACUAGAGGGAAUGAUAGGGGGCCCCCAGGGAGUCAAGGUGGCAGGGGGGCCCCUGGGGGCCCCCCUGGAGAGGGGGCCUCCUGGGGGCCCCCUUGGGGGCCCCCCUGGGGGGCCCCCAUGUGCGAGUCUUCUUCUGAGUUGCUGCUGCGGGAUCGGCAGCAGCAAGACAGAGGGUGGCAAGGCAGCAGCGCCGCCGCUGCAGCAGCUGCAGCAGCAGCAGCAGCAGCAGCAGCAGCAGCAGGGGGCCCCGGGCCCCGCAGGAGAGGAGAUCGCCGCAGCAGCAGCGGCUCCGAGCGGCGGAGCUUUUGCUCCAGCCCCCGGCCCUGCAGCAGCAGCAGCAGCAGCAGCAGCAGCAGCAGCAGCAGCAGCAGGUCAGCAGCAGCAGCAGCAGCAGCAGCAGAAGCAGCAGCAGCCGCGGGCUCAGGAGGAGACUGAGGGACUCCGGGGAGGAGACGGGAGGAGACAGAAAGCACAGAAGAAGACAAAACCUCACUCAAAACACCAGUCAGCAGCAGCAGCAGCAGCAGCAGCAGCAGCAGCAGCAGCAGCAGCAGCAGCAGCAGCAGCAGCAGCAGCAGGACUCGCCGUUUGCUUCGCACGGGGUGCGGGGGCUGCGGGGCCGGCCGCGGCAGCAGCAAGUGUGGGGCCCCGGGGGGCCCCCCAGGAGAAAAGUGUCUCCUUUUAUUUCUGUGUCUCCUUUUGGCAGCUGCAGCAACUCAGAAGAAGAGCUGCGGCGUUCCCGCAGCAAAGAGAGACGCAGGAGACGCAGGCAGUGUUUGAAGCAGCAUCUCACGGUUUAGGGUCUAAGUACGAAACGAUUCAGCGGCACUGCAGGCCGGGGGGCGGCGGCCAAGUUUUGUGGGAUGGAUUUCAAUGGGUGAAAAGAAAUGAAGAAGAAGAAACAAAUGAAAGGACUUUGAACGAAACCCGCAGAGACCGGAGGCUCCACAUCGGGCCUGGAAUUUGGGUCCGCGCUUCGGGCAUGGUGCCUACGAAAUAG